ACUCGCCCUGAUGGUCGCGCAUAAGCGCAGUUCAAGUUAAGACGCGACCGAAGUUGGUUGUAGAUCUUUUUUGUUUUUUGUUUUCCCCUUCACUGGUGUAUUCCAUGUAAAUUAUUAUUUUAAGUGACAAAGUGACAUUCGGCAUAAAUUCAUCUCAUCAAGUGAUAAAAUAAGUGGCAACAAAUAUCGAAAGAAAGAAUUUUGACAACUAUAUAUAUAUGUAAAUAUGGAGAUUCUCAUAUUUUCGACGAUUAUUGCCGUAUUUUGUGCAGCGCAAGCGUUGCCGGUCGAGGUCAGCGAUGUAGGUGUCGACCAGCGCUCAAAAGGUCCCAUAGUUUUCGAGGCAAGCUCAUUCCCUUAUUAUGGUGGUAUGCGUGGCCAAAUCUUGCAAGUGGUUAGAACCAAAGAUGGAAACGACAAUACGUUUAUCAUAGCUCCAGCUGUCCCUCAGGUCAGCGUACUACCAGUUUUAACAAAGAAAGCCAUGUCCACAGGUAAUAAUGGUCAAACUCAGGACAUAGCUUCUCCGACCACCGCUUUCGAAAAGGAUUUUAACCGAAUACAAAUAGCUGCGGCCCGUUUGGUCGCUAUACAAGAGACUGCAAAACGUAAGGGAUCUUUCAGCAAUGAAGAUAAUCGGAUCUACGCCGAAAGUUUACUGGAAUUGGGGCAUGCGGCACAGAACCUGGCCAAUUUGCAGCAAAGUGGCCAGAUUAAAGAUUUCAGUUUACUCCUUCAACCCGACUUUCAAUUGCCGCCCAAACAACCACUCCAACCAACCGAGACGGUAUCUGGCAACGAAAGCACGGCGGGCGAACAGAAAGUCGAAGAAGUAACUGAACAACAGUUCAAUGAAGAGGAGUUCCUGCCCCCAAACACCGAGGAUCCGUAUGAAGACGUCAGUGAUACAGUAGCUGUAACAGCGCCGAAGAAGGAUGCUUCUGUUGCUGAAGCUAAACCCGUGGGCCUGUCGAUUGCCGGAGAAGGAGGUGUAGCGUCAUCCAAGCCGAACGCUGUGGCACUGUCUGGACGUAACGGUUUGGCUGUGGCUGCUCCAAAAGCCACCGCUAUCGCAGGUGUGUCGGCAGAAGAGGCAGCUGCGUUCAGUGUAGCUGUGCCCAAUAGAAAUAACUUGGUUAUUAAAAACGUGAAUCGCCUACCUCAGCGCCCGAUAUAUGAUGACUACAGUGAAGACUACGGUGACGUUUCGUCUGUCCGCUCAGCAUUUACCCGUGAUUCGAUCGAUGCACGUGACUCACCACCACCUUCUGUGAUUAGUAAAAAAAAUAGGAACGGGGGUUCAUUGGUCGGAAGUACCGCUGGCGGCAUCGCCGACGCAUUUGUCGAUAAAUGGAAAACAAUGGUGGCAGAGGAGUACGCUGCGUCAGCGCGCAGCGCUCAACUGAAAACGAAGGAUUCAUUCAAUAGAUUAGAUAAGUUUUCAAAAAAUUCCCCAAAUAAAAAAGUGUUAUAAAUUUACGCAUGUAUGCACUCGAAUAUACUGUCCAACAUCGUUCGGUCUGUUUAAUGUUAAUUGAAGAAUAGAAACUAACCUUAAAUGUAUUAUUUAUUUUAUCUAAGAGUCCUAAAUGAAAAAAGGCCUCGAUUUUCGUUCGAAACUUGAGAAAGGUUUGUAAAAGAGAAUUCCUGGAUAAAACCAUUAAAAAUUUUGUCUCGAAGUAGGGGACAGGACGCAUAAAAUGUAUUUAAUUUUCAACAUUUUACAGAUAUGGGCGUUUCAAUAAUCAAACUUUGACUACCCGUACAAAGCUCUCUGGGCUAAAAGGAAUUUGAUUAGCAUAUCCACUGAAUCAUUACCGUUAUUUGACUAAAAAUGCAAACUUAUUUAUAAAACAUGUAAAUUUAAGAGUCUACAUGCAGUGCGACAUGAAAACACCGCAUAAAAUAAAAUGUCAAGAACAGCUAAACA